CAACACUCAAUGAUGUUAUUAUUUUGCUUAUGCGCGCAAAUAUUUUUUUAAUAUUUACAUUUCCCCAUCUGUGAUAAACAAAUAGCCGACUCCACAAAUAUAUAUUCACACUUAAAUGGAGGACGAACUCGAAGAUCGAAUACUGUAUCAGACGUACGUUUCCCAUAUGAGAAUUUUAUCCCGAUUCGCAGUGGGUUUCCCAUUGAAUGGACCCCUUAAUUAUUUAUUGAGAAUUUGCAGAGUCUAUCUAUUAAGGCCGGAGGUUUUAAUAUGUGGUGUUAUAUUGUGUCUGUUGUUGGUAUAUUUGCAAGCUGUCGAAGUAUGGAGUCGGGGGCUCAUGGGAAGGCUGCAGUAUUCAUUGAGUAGACAGAAUAACCCGAACAAAAAUGUUUUCAUCAUCACACAAUCAUCUGCCGAGAGACAGAGCUGGGAGCUGAAGAGCAGCUCGAGCGCUGCAUAUGCAAUACAGGGCAGGAGACCACGGAUGGAAGAUAGGUUUAUAAUAAAUGAGAAUAUCAACGACACCGGAGUCGCGCUAUUUGCAAUAUUCGACGGUCAUGGAGGAGAAUUUGCAGCUAACUAUGCCAAAGAAUUUCUGAUUCAAAACUUAUUCAAUAGGGUAGUCGACAUAAAAAAUAUUGCUUCAGGUAAUACCAAAUCUAAUAAUAAUAACGUUAAUUUAAUUUUAUUCUAUUUCAAUUUUUUUUAUCCAGGAAAGUCUCCAAAAAUAACCCUGGAUCCGUGCCAACCAAACGAUUCAGAAAAGAAGGAUGCGGAAAAACCGCCUGCAUCACCAUUACUAACAAAUAGGAAUAAAAUGAAAAAGACUUUAAGUGUAGCAGAAGAUGCAUUGAAUAAAUCUACGAAUGUAACGGAUCCUGAAUUACUGAAGAAAUUGGAUUCGUUGCAAAGGCCGAUAACCAAAGAAGUCAGGCCUUGCAAACCGGUGGGAAAGUCUCCUGUUAUACCAAGUGAAAGUUAUUUAGAUGGUUCUGGGAAGAUCGAUUAUGGGAAGCUGUUGACUGAUGAGGUUCUUGCAGCUGAUCGACUGCUUGUUGAAAAAGCUAAGAAAACUAUCGACGUCGCCGGAACAACUGCCCUCAUCGGAAUAUUGGAAGGAACGCGUCUCGUCGUGGCCAACGUUGGAGACUCGAGAGGAGUUAUGUGCGAUUCCAAGGGAAACGCCAUUCCUCUGUCUUUCGACCAUAAGCCACAGCAGAUGAGAGAAAGAAAACGAAUCAAAGAAGCAGGAGGCUUCAUCGAAUUCAACGGCGUUUGGAGAGUAGCAGGAAUCCUGGCGACUUCCAGAGCAAUGGGCGACUAUCCUCUCAAAGAUAGAAAAUUAGUAAUCGCAGACCCAGAUAUUCUAACAUUCGAAUUAAACGAUCACAAGCCAUUGUUCAUUGUCCUGGCCUCCGAUGGUUUGUGGGACACGUUUUCAAACGAAGAAGCCGUGGCCUUCAUCAAAGACAGGUUAGACGAACCCCAUUACGGAGCUAAAAGCAUCACCUUACAGAGUUAUUACCGAGGCAGCGUUGAUAAUAUAUCCGUCAUAGUUGUAAUUUUUAAAGAUAAUCAGCUAAAAGUUGCGUCUUUUACCAAAUAAUAGUCCGUUGUAAACGAUUUUAAAUUUUAAUCCAAGAUAAAAUUGAAUAUACAUUUUGAAAAAUUUAAUCCUUUUGAAAUCUAUCGUACUUACUAAAAACAUUCAAGAAUUAAAUAAAC